ACACACAUAUUGUCCACAUUGUCAUUGACCAUUGUGAUAAAUCAUCAUUAAAUUUAUUAAUUAAUAGCUAAAACAAUGAGUAAAUUAACAAAAAAACGUAAAAAUAAUAAUGACGAUAGUGAAUAUGAUCCAUCACCAAAACAUCUACAUGUUGGACACAUAAAAAAUCAAGAAAAACGUUUAAUUAUUAUUUUGGAUCAAGCACAACUUGAAUCUGUUAAGAUUGGAAAUAAAUUUGAAUUAUUAAAUUGUGAUGAUCAUCCACAUAUACUAAAAAAAAAUGGUCGUGAUCCUGGAAGUUGUAGACCUGAUAUUGUUCAUCAAGAACUACUGAUGCUUUUGGAUAGUCCACUUAACAGAGCUGGACUACUUCAAGUAUAUGUUUCAACUGAAAAAAAUGUUCUUAUUGAAGUUAAUCCACAAACAAGAAUACCUAGAACAUUUAAAAGAUUUGCUGGACUUAUGGUUCAAUUACUUCAUAAAUACAGUGUACGUUCAUCAGAAGGAAACAUGAGAUUAUUAAAAAUCAUUAAAAAUCCAGUGACAGAUCAUUUACCAACUGGUUGUAGAAAAAUUGGCAUGUCAUUUUCAGCAACAAAUGUUAAACAUACAAAAGACAUUGUACCUGCUGAUGAACCAAUUGCAAUUGUUGUUGGUGCAAUGGCACAUGGACAGAUAAAAGCUGAUUAUCUUGAAGAGACACUUUCAAUUAGUAAUUAUCCAUUAUCUGGAGCAUUAACUUGCACUAAAUUAUGCUCAGGUUUUGAAGAAGCCUGGGGUAUAUUUUAAUUAUUUUUUAAUUUUUUUUUUAUAAGCUGGAUGUAA